UUUUAGAGUUAAUUUUCAAACAAAAAAUUUUCUUAAAAAAAUGCAUUCUAAUAAUACUACAAUUUUCCCAAUUUUAUGCCCAAAUAUUCUAAAAAUAUUUUAUUUAUUAUUUGCCCUUCUUUUGAUUUUUGAUGGGCCUUUGUCUGUUAGAGCAGGUUACCCAACCGCAGCAUUGAGGAAAAGCUUAAAUGACAUUCGUUUUCGAAUGCAAGAUUUAACUCCAACAAAUGAAGAUUUGGACGAAUUUUUGGAUAAACGAGCAGCUGCCCUAUUGCCGCGGAAUUUAUGGAAAACGUGCAGCAGCAAUGUUGCCCUAUUCAGGUGGAAUUUAUGGCAAAAGGAGUGGCGGCGCUUCUGGCAAAGCUUCAGAAUUUGCUUUAAAUUAUCCUAAUAAUCGAGAAAUGUUACCAAAUAUUUAAAUAUCACUGAAAUUGAAAAAAAAAUUUUUCUAAAGAAAUUUUCCCCAAAAGAAAGAAUUUUUACACCUAGUCUUUUUUUCUCUCUCCUCUUCCUUACACUCAA